CCGGCUCAGUAUCUAGUCUGACUCUAGAAGCCAAAGUCGCUCCUCUUUCCCGUUCUAGCUUCCGCCGUUCCCGUACCUUAGCGUCACCGCCGCCGCCUCGAUCCCGCCCCGUGCUCCCCGUCUCACACGCGUCGCCGCCGCUAUCGCUGUUCCCCGUCUUCCUCGCCCCCCCGGAACAUCGCGCGUGUUUCUGCUGCUGUCUCAAUCCGUCGCAGUCUUUGGCCGUUGGUCCCUCCUUUGAGUUUGAGAUCAAUUCUUAGGCGGACAUGCAUUUUGCAAAUGUCGGGCUCUAAUCAGAUGGCUUCAGAUGGUAGAUUUGGAAAAGGUCCUCGAGAACUCACUGGUGCUGUUGAUUUAAUUAGCCGCUACAGGCUACUGAACCAUCACAGUUUCUUUUGUAAGAAACCGUUGCCGCUGGCUAUCUCAGAUACAAAUUAUCUUCACAAUGUUGUGGGUGAUACUGAAAUCCGUAAAGGAGAAGGAAUGGAGAUAGAUCAACUCAUUCAGAAUCCAGACAUGAGGGAGAAGAAGACUGCUUAUAUUCAACCCUUCGACAUGGAAACACUAGGACACGCAUUUCAGUUGCGAGAAACAGCGCCGGUAGAUUUGCCCUCGGCUGAAAAAGGUACUCCAACUAUAUCGGGGAAAUCCAAGGUUAAGUCCAGAGACAAAGUCAAGAAGCAUAAAAAGCACAAGGAGAAAGACAAGGACAAGGAACAGAAGAAGCACAAACAUCGCCAUAAGGAUCGGAGUAAAGAUAAGGAAAAAGAUAAAGACAAAGACAAAGAAAAGAAGAAGGAUAAGAGUUUGCAUCAUGAUUUGGGAGCUGACCAUUCCAAAAAACAUCAUGAGAAGAAGAGGAAGCAUGAAGGAAUUGAAAAUUUGCCGGAUGUACGUAACAACAAAAAAACACAAAAGCGCAAAACUCAGUGAAUUGGGCAAUGGACUUCCUUUGGCAUCAGAUGUGACAACUUUAUUUCCGUGUUAGUUCUCGCAAUGUGACUCCAUGUUUUAUGCUGUUAAUGGGUGGCUCUGAAGGUCUUUUUUGUCACUACCAAACGGAGGUAUCUGUCCUU